AUGAAGUCUUUCUACACCUUAGCCUUGUGCCUCGGUGCCCUCUUUGAUGGCGUCAAGGCACAAGCAGAGGAGCAGGGCCAGAUGCCUGGCAAAUUUGCUGCUGCUCCUCCCGUGGGAUCCAACCCCAUUGACCGCAAGGGAUGGACAGUUCGAUGCUCCAGCCAAGCACCGAACUUCCCCUGUGGCAAUGCCAUUGAUGGCAGCAAGGAUACCUUUUGGCAGACUCCUUACGGCACAACCAACACGCCACCUCCUCACUCUAUCGUUAUUGAUAUGAAGCAGACUCAAUAUGUGAGCGGUCUGCAAAUUACUCCUCGACAGGACGGCAACACUCGUAACUGGAUUGGUCGCCAUGAAGUCUACCUCAGCUCCGAUGGCACCAACUGGGGCUCUCCCGUCGCCUUUGGAACAUACUGGGGAGAUAAAUACCCUGUCAUCACAAACUUUGAGACAAAGCCUGCUAGAUAUCUUCGAUUUGUCGCCCUCUCUAACGUGGACAGCAACAAUCCAUGGAUCGCUAUUGCCGACUUUAUUGUCUACAACGCUCUCAAGUACAGCCCUCCCAAGAACGGUGUUGGAAAAUGGGGUCCUACUCUUGACUUCCCUGUCAUCCCCGUUGCCGGUGCUGUCGAGCCUGUCUCUGGAAAGGUUGUUAUCUGGUCUGCUUACCGCUACGAUGCUUUCCAGGGUACCAACCCUCGUGGUGGUUUCACUCUUACUUCCAUCUGGGACCCCAAGACCAACGUCAUUUCCAACCGCAAUGUCACCAACAACAAGCACGACAUGUUCUGCCCUGGUAUUUCCAUGGACGGCGAGGGACAGAUUGUUGUUACUGGCGGUAACGAUGCUAAGAAGACUACCAUUCUCAACCCCAAUGGCGAGUGGGUUCCCGGUCCUGACAUGCAGAUUGCUCGUGGUUACCAAUCUUCUGCUACCACUUCCGAUGGCCGCGUCUUCACUAUCGGUGGUUCAUGGAGCGGUCCCCGUGGCGGCAAGAACGGCGAGAUCUACGACCCCAAGGCCCGAACCUGGACUUCUCUUCCCAAGUGUCUCGUUGGACCUAUGCUUACCAAGGAUAAGGAGGGUGUCUACAAGUCCGACAACCACGCUUGGCUCUUUGGCUGGAAGAAGGGAAGUGUCUUCCAGGCCGGUCCCAGUACAGCUAUGAACUGGUACUACACUACCCGAGGAACCCAAGGUGAUACCAAGGCUGCCGGUACACGACGAAAGAACGGCCGCAUCGACCCUGACUCCAUGAACGGUAACUGUGUCAUGUACGAUGCUCUCGAUGGCAAGAUCUUCACCUAUGGAGGCGCUACCAGCUACCAGCAGGCCCCUGCUACUGCCAACGCCCACGUCCUUGCCAUUGGUGAGCCCGGAUCUAUUGCCCAGACUUACCAAGUCGGAAACAACGGCGCUGGUAACUUUGCCCGUGUCUUCCACACUUCCGUUGUUCUCCCCGAUGGCAACGUCUUCAUCACCGGCGGCCAGUCUUACUCCAACCCUUUCACCGACACCAACGCUCAGCUCACCCCUGAGAUGUACAUCCCCACUACCCACGAGUUCAAGAACCAACAGCCCAACACCAUUCCCCGCACCUACCACAGUAUGUCUCUGCUGCUGCCAGACGCUACUGUCUUCAACGGUGGCGGUGGUCUCUGUGGUAGCUGCAAGAGCAACCACUUUGACGCUCAGAUCUACACUCCUCAGUACCUCCUUGAUGGCAAUGGUAACCUUGCUACCCGCCCCAAGAUCACGGCUGUUUCCGCUACUACUGCCAAGAUUGGCAGCACCAUCACUGUUACUGCCAACAGCGCUAUCAAGAGCGCUUCGCUCAUCCGCUACGGCACUGCUACACACACUGUCAACACUGACCAACGACGCAUUCCUUUAGCCUUGACUGGUGCUGGUACCAACAAGUACUCUUUCAAGAUCCCCAACGACUCUGGCAUUGCCCUGCCAGGAUACUGGAUGCUUUUCGUUCUUAACAACGCUGGCGUUCCCAGUGUUGCAAGCACCAUCAAGGUGACAGUCUAA